UCUCCUCACGACGUACAUGCUGCAGUCGGUCGGCAACCGGAACUCGGUCGAAUUCGUCGAGUUCGACGGUUUCCUCCAAGCCAACGCGAAGAACCUCCUGCUCGCGGGGCGCGACACCACGGCCGUCACGCUGACGUGGUUCUUCUGGCUCCUGUCGAAGAACCCCGACGUCGAGGAGGCGAUCGUUGAGGAGCUGAAGGCCAACUGGCCCCGACCGGCUUCGGAAGAAAGCACUCCGUUCGACCGCGAGGCGCUCGGAAAGCUCGUUUACUUGCACGCGGCGCUGUGCGAGUGCCUGCGGCUGUACCCGCCGGUGGCAAUCGAGCACAAGGGGGUGUCGAGGGCCGACGUGCUGCCGAGUGGGCACGCGGUGCGGCCGGGGACGAUACUGAUAUUCCACCUGUAUUCCAUGGGGAGGAUGGAGGGGAUAUGGGGGGAGGAUUGCAUGGAGUUCAGGCCGGAGCGGUGGAUCGUGCCGGUGGGCGGCAGCGGCAGCGGUCGCGAGAUAAAGCACGAGCCGGCGCACAAGUUCUUCGCGUUCAACUGUGGGCCGCGGUCGUGCCUGGGGAAGGAGAUGGCCUUCAACACGAUGAAAACGGUGGUGGCCGCGAUGCUCUACAAUUUUCACGUAGAGGUGGUGGAGGGGCAUGUGGUGGAGCCAAAGCUCGCUAUCAUACUUCACAUGAAAUAUGGGCUUAUGGUGAGGAUAAAGAAGAGGGAUAAGAGUGCUUGGUAG